GCCUCAAGGUCGGCGCUACCCUGAGCGCUCUGGCCCCCGCCUACAGGACUCGCUCCUGCCAGCCAAGGACUCGAGAAGGGGGGAGUCCCCAGUCCCGGCGGGGCACCUGGGAUUCGGUUCGGUGUUGAGCACAGUCAGUACCGAAGCAGGGGCAGCCAAGUGGGAGCUGGGCGCCCCAGAGGUGGACCCCAAUCAGCAGCGAGUGGGCAGCGGGGGCCCGGCUCGCCCGCGCCCCGGAGCUCUCCCGCAGGCUCUCUGCGCCCCGAAGCUGCGGAGCUGGGGGCGCUCUCCCGGGCCGCAAGCAGGCACAGCACUGGACGCCUGGAGAGGCAGCGGGUCCUGGCUAGGACUCCUGAUUCUUCUCAGAUGGAAACACUUUCUCCCGGCGAACCUGCUGGGAUUCCCAGUGGACUCGCACUUCAGCUUUGCCCACUGACGCAUUUAACCAAGGCCGCAUUGACCGCUUUGAGGCCAAUCUGAGUUUCAAAUGAAGCGGGACUUCUGGUUGCAGAAAGAGGGUGUGGGAAUGGGCAUCUGCAAGACCAGGGGAUGCAGAGCUUGCGGGAAGGAAGAAACUCACUGAGUUCAGGUUCAUGAAAUUUUCAGGAAUUAAAGUUAGUCCUGAGGAAAGUUCAUGAAUAUCUAAUGCUGGACUGUGAUUGUUCCUGAGAGAACUACAAAAGGAUGAACUCCAGCAAGAGGAAAAAUGAAUCUAAGGAAUGGAGUGGGAUAUAAGCAAUAGCAGUGAGGAGGAGGAAGAGGAGCAGAAGAGGAGCUGGAGGCCGGCGGUGACUGAGCAGCCCCCACCCUUUGAGCGAGCCGCCUGCCUCUCCACCGCCUGGGAAGCCCUCGGACCUCCGGAUUCGGGCUGCCGGAGGGCCUGAGCGCCAGAGCCCAGCACCCGGCGGCCGGGGGCGCCAGCCCCUCAUGUUCCGGAGAAGGCGCAAAUGUGAUGUCAUGCCCAUUGUUUUGGUGCGCCCAGCCAAUCGGACUCGCCGCCUGGAUUCUACCGGAGCCGGCAUGGGCCCUUCCUCGCACCAGCAGCAGGAGUCCCCGCUCCCGACCAUAACGCAUUGCGCAGGGUGCACCACCGCUUGGUCUCCCUGCAGCUUUAACAGCCCUGACAUGGAAACCCCAUUGCAGUUCCAGCGCGGCUUCUUCCCAGAGCAGCCGCCGCCGCCGCCGCGCUCCUCACACCUGCAUUGCCAGCAGCAGCAACAGAGCCAGGACAAGCCGUGCCCGCCCUUCGCGCCCCUCCCGCACCCUCACCACCACCCGCACCUCGCGCACCAGCAGCCGGCCAGCGGCGGCAGCAGCCCAUGCCUCCGGUGCAACAGCUGCUCCUCCUCCGGUGCCCCGGCGGCGGGGGCGGGGGAUAACCUGUCCCUGCUGCUCCGCACCGCCUCUCCCGGCGGCGCCUUCCGGACCCGCACCUCUUCGCCGCUGUCGGGCUCGUCGUGCUGCUGCUGCUGCUGCUCGUCGCGCCGGGGCAGCCAGCUCAAUGUGAGCGAGCUGACGCCGUCCAGCCAUGCCAGUGCGCUCCGGCAGCAGUACGCGCAGCAGCCCGCGUCCGCCUCCCAGUACCACCAGUGCCACAGCCUGCAGCCUGCCGCCAGCCCCACGGGCAGCCUUGGCAGCCUGGGCUCCGGGCCCCCGCUCUCGCACCACCACCACCACCCGCACCCGGCGCACCACCAGCACCACCAGCCCCAGGCGCGCCGCGAGAGCAACCCCUUCACCGAAAUAGCCAUGAGCAGCUGCAGGUACAACGGGGGCGUCAUGCGGCCGCUCAGCAACUUGAGCGCGUCCCGCCGGAACCUGCACGAGAUGGACUCAGAGGCGCAGCCCCUGCAGCCCCCCGCGUCUGUCGGAGGAGGUGGCGGCGCGUCCUCCCCGUCUGCAGCCGCUGCCGCCGCCGCCGCCGCCGCCGCUUCGUCUUCAGCCCCUGAGAUCGUGGUGUCUAAGCCCGAGCACAACAACUCCAACAACCUGGCGCUCUAUGGAACCGGCGGCGGAGGCAGCACCGGAGGAGGCGGCGGCGGUGGCGGGAGCGGGCACGGCAGCAGCAGUGGCACCAAGUCCAGCAAAAAGAAAAACCAGAACAUCGGCUACAAGCUGGGCCACCGGCGCGCCCUGUUCGAAAAGCGCAAGCGGCUCAGCGACUACGCGCUCAUUUUCGGCAUGUUCGGCAUCGUGGUCAUGGUCAUCGAGACCGAGCUGUCGUGGGGCGCCUACGACAAGGCGUCGCUGUAUUCCUUAGCUCUGAAAUGCCUUAUCAGUCUCUCCACGAUCAUCCUGCUCGGUCUGAUCAUCGUGUACCACGCCAGGGAAAUACAGUUGUUCAUGGUGGACAAUGGAGCAGAUGACUGGAGAAUAGCCAUGACUUAUGAGCGUAUUUUCUUCAUCUGCUUGGAAAUACUGGUGUGUGCUAUUCAUCCCAUACCUGGGAAUUAUACGUUCACAUGGACGGCCCGGCUUGCCUUCUCCUAUGCCCCAUCCACAACCACCGCUGAUGUGGAUAUUAUUUUAUCUAUACCAAUGUUCUUAAGACUCUAUCUGAUUGCCAGAGUCAUGCUUUUACAUAGCAAACUUUUCACUGAUGCCUCCUCUAGAAGCAUUGGAGCACUUAAUAAGAUAAACUUCAAUACACGUUUUGUUAUGAAGACUUUAAUGACUAUAUGCCCAGGAACUGUACUCUUGGUUUUUAGUAUCUCAUUAUGGAUAAUUGCCGCAUGGACUGUCCGAGCUUGUGAAAGGUACCAUGAUCAACAGGAUGUUACUAGCAACUUCCUUGGAGCGAUGUGGUUGAUAUCAAUAACUUUUCUCUCCAUUGGUUAUGGUGACAUGGUACCUAACACAUACUGUGGAAAAGGAGUCUGCUUACUUACUGGAAUUAUGGGUGCUGGUUGCACAGCCCUGGUGGUAGCUGUAGUGGCAAGGAAGCUAGAACUUACCAAAGCAGAAAAACACGUGCACAAUUUCAUGAUGGAUACUCAGCUGACUAAAAGAGUAAAAAAUGCAGCUGCCAAUGUACUCAGGGAAACAUGGCUAAUUUACAAAAAUACAAAGCUAGUAAAAAAGAUAGAUCAUGCAAAAGUAAGAAAACAUCAACGAAAAUUCUUGCAAGCUAUUCAUCAAUUAAGAAGUGUAAAAAUGGAGCAGAGGAAACUGAAUGACCAAGCAAACACCUUGGUGGACUUGGCAAAGACCCAGAAUAUCAUGUAUGAUAUGAUUUCUGACUUAAACGAAAGGAGUGAAGACUUCGAGAAGAGGAUUGUUACCCUGGAAACAAAAUUAGAGACUUUGAUUGGUAGCAUCCACGCCCUCCCUGGGCUCAUAAGCCAGACCAUCAGGCAGCAGCAGAGAGAUUUCAUUGAGGCUCAGAUGGAGAGCUACGACAAGCAUGUCACUUACAAUGCUGAGCGGUCCCGGUCCUCGUCCAGGAGGCGGCGGUCCUCUUCCACAGCGCCACCAACUUCAUCAGAGAGUAGCUAGAAGAGAAUAAGUUAACCACAAAAUAAGACUUUUUGCCAUCAUAUGGUCAAUAUUUUAGCUUUUAUUGUAAAGCCCCUAUGGUUCUAAUCAGCGUUAUCCGGGUUCUGAUGUCAGAAUCCUGGGAACCUGAACACUAAGUUUUAGGCCAAAAUGAGUGAAAACUCUUUUUUUUUCUUUCAGAUGCACAGGGAAUGCACCUAUUAUUGCUAUAUAGAUUGUUCCUCCUGUAAUUUCACUAACUUUUUAUUCAUGCACUUCAAACAAACUUUACUACUACAUUAUAUGAUAUAUAAUAAAAAAAAGUUAAUUUCUGCACAUA